UCACAGCUGCUUUGUCUUUUUCCAAACACCAAAACAUUUACUUUAUAUACUCCCACAUCAAAACGUUACAGGUAGGUUUGCACUAAAGUAAUGUUUCCUUUUGUGGAUUCAGAGUUAAUAUGUCAAUCUAAAGACAACCAGUUUUAAAUUUAAAUAAUCCUAGUAUAAAUACUUUGACAAAAUGAUAGCAUUUCGGCACACACACAGGUGGAGACUUACCUUGUUGCAUCAAACUACAAAGUCAACAUGAAGAGAGGCGACAUUAACUGAUCAAAGCCUGUGACACCAGCAGAACAUUUUCCACCGGCGAAGCAGACGGUUGGUUUACUUUUUAGUUUUCUUUGCCAUCUGAGGCAAAAAAAUAAUGCAGGCUAAUUGAAAGUGAAGUGGAAAUGGCAGAGAGGAAAUUUGCUGAGUUUAUUUUUAUCUGCUUCAUGCUUCUGCACGGUUUGGAAGCAUCUUUGAACUGCAGCAGUCCAACAUCUGACGCUCUCCUUAAGGAACUGGAAAAUAAUUUGUUCCCCAGAAAUCUUGUUCGUCCUGUUGCAAACCUUUCCAGCCCUCUGAACAUAAAGAUCCGCAUCACUGUGGUGGGAGUUUUAGGAGUGGAUGAAAAAACUCAGACCCUGACAACUCUUCUGUGGCAAGUUCUGGAGUGGAAUAUUUCCAGACUUAGUUGGGACGAUGAGAAAUGUGGCACUCAUCGAGUCUCUGUCCCUCGAGAAAAUCUUUGGGUUCCAGAUAUUCACAUCUCACAGCUCACAGAUGAAGACAGAUCUCCCAAAACUCCUUAUGUCUACCUAUUCAGCACAGGCCUUGUGUUGGAUGAUCGGCCACUAAGGGUGGUGAGCUCCUGCACUUUAGGAAUCUAUACUUUUCCUUUUGACGUUCAAAACUGCACACUCACAUUUGGAUCUUAUUUACACUUUGACACAGAUAUUAAGAUGAUUGCAGGAAGCACAGCAGAGAAAAUCCUGGAGGAAUCUAGAAGCGUGAUGGUAACCAACGGGGAGUGGGAGCUCUCAAACGUCUCGUUUGUCAUUUCCACACUGCAGAUGGAAACUGGAAACUACUCAGAGAUCCACUUUUCUAUAAUUCUAAGACGCAGACCCACUGUGUAUGUGGUGAACCUCCUGCUCCCCAGCUGCUUCCUCAUCACAGUGGACCUCUUCAGCUUCCUACUGCCCCCACAGAAUACAGACAGAUCCUCCUUCAAAAUGACGCUGAUCUUGGGCUAUACCGUCUUCCUGCUCCUCAUGAAUGAUCUGCUGCCCGUCACUGGGGAGACCACACCUCUCAUUAAUGUGUUCUUCUCCAUCAGUCUUGCUCUAAUGGUGGCCAGCCAGCUGGAGACCAUCUUCAUCACAAACAUCCAGUUCAGCUCCCAUCAGUACAGCACCGUGCCUCACUGGCUCAGUGUCCUCGUGUUGCGUUAUCUGGCUGUUGUUGCUUGUCUUCCUCCACAGAAGAAAAGCAACCGAACUACUGUGAUCUUAAACCGCAACUCGGAAGAGCCUGCAGUGAAUGCCAUCAGCACAAAUAAACCAGGCAGUCAGCAUCUUAGCAUCCUGAAUCUGAAAGAGGAAACCCCAGAAAAGUCCCCCCCUCCGCCCCCACCAGACCCGACCCUGGAUGAACUCAGGAAGCUGAGCAGAGACCUCACCGCCGUUCGUCUGCAGAUGGACAAAUACUUUCAGGGCUCCAGGGCCUCUCAGGAGUGGCAGAUGAUUGGGAUCGUGAUCGACCGUCUGCUCUUUGGCUUGUACAUCGUCUUCAUCCUCGCCAGCUUCGUCACAAUCAUGGGUAUCUGGAUCUGGAAUAACACGUACAGUGCUUGAUUUGGAUUUUGACUAAACAAAAUGAGUCUUUUUUUCUCUCAUUCUUGGAGGUCAGUUAAAAAAAAAAGUAUUUAUCCAGUCAAAUUCUUCAAAUAAAGUUUUUUUUUAAGUUUAUUGUAUUCAGCUUGUUUGAUUCAUCCAUCCUCAAUUUCAUUGUAAAAGUGGACAGUGACAAUAAAGGCAUUUCUUAUCUCUUAUCUUAUACAUCCAUUUGCUUGCUAUUUCUCUUUUGGGGUCACGGGGUAUCAGCCUGUCCCAGCCACCGACAUCACUGCCACACACACUCACACCAUGGGACACCAACCAAUCAUUCAUUUAUUCAUCCACUUUCUAACCCUUUUCGUCUCUUUCGGGGUCUCGGGGCUGCCGGAGCCUAACCCAGCCACUCGUGGGCUAAGGCAGAGAACAUCCUGGACAGGUCGCCAGUCUGUUGCAGGGACACUAACCACUUACCCAUAAAGCAUGUACUUGGACCGUGAGAGGAAGCCAGUGACCGGAAAAACCCACACACAAAUGGGAACAACUGUCAUGUCUCGUCAAGUUUUCUGUUUUAUUUUGAAAGUCUAACUUACCUCUCGUUCCAGACCUUCCCCUUCCUGCCUUGCCUGUUCCCCACACCUGAGUCUGUCUCAUUAUUUCCUGAUCAUUCCCACCUGUGCUUCCCUUCCUCAUGUAUUUAUAGCCUGCGUUUCCCUUUGUCCUGUGCCUGUUUGUCUUGUGCUUUAACCAGUCAAACUUAGCCUUUCUCUUGAGCCACAGAAUUAAAGUCUCUUCGAAACUCUG